GAGACAGUCGACGUCUGAAUUUCUGUGUUGGCCGAACGCCACCAGCAGAGUGUUUCGCUGUAUCUUUUCCGGAGCGUGUCUCGUGCGCUGUUCUGUUUUUCUGGUGUCUUCCCAAAGUGAAAUUGUCUGUUUCUUCGCUCCCGCGAUCUCUGCGCCCCUGUAGUCUCCACGACAGGCGGUUUGUCGCGAGUUGUGUGACCUGCGGUCAGCGAAGCAAAUGCCGGCACACCAAUCAGAAGGAAUCUUCACUUCGACUCUGCUUUUCGGAAUCCCCGAAAAUUCCGCAAACUACCAUUGUGUCUGUGAGCAGCGUCGGGUUCCUAGUCCACUGUUUUCUUUCUCUCCAGUCGCCAGGAAGUAACGAACACGCGCCAGCUGAACGUGGGUUCGCGGAGUCUGCGUGACGGUUUGUGUGUCUCUCGCACUUUCUUUUCUUUCUAGUUUUCCACCGUUUCGACAAAAUGUCCUGGGCUACGAGACUUCUCCGCAUGUCGAGCCCGCGGCUCGGGCUGCUGCCACUGGGGAGGAGCGUCAAACUCGGCGGCGCCAAAGAGAGAGUUUCCUUCUCCCAGUUUUUCGACUCGGAAUAUUUCUGGACGAAGGCCAACGUCGGACCCUUCUUCCUCUUUCUGUUCACGUCUCCUUUCUGGUACCAAGGAAUCAAGACUGUUUACGCAUCCUGCCGCUACCGGAAGCUGAAUGAGAGAGAGAUCAUCUCGGAUCGCUACACUUGGCUUCACGAACGCAUGCUGGAAGAUGAGGUCGAACGCGUCCUGCUCGAACAAGUGCCUGCCGGAGGUUUUGAUAAGACCCGGCCCGGACUUCUGCUGGGACCGUCGACCUUGUAGACUAGAACUAAGCGUCGCGUUUUUAUGCUGAGCCACAAUGUACACACGCGCAUCCCGCUGUUUGCGUCGACGCUUCGUUUCGGAUAUCCAUGGUUGCCCUUUUUCGAAACGUACACCUCACUUUGUGUGACGCAGGCGCUUGAGUGCAAGCAGCGCGUUCUCCGCUAUUCCCUGACACUUAGUUAGUGCGUUAUUCCUAAUCUGAUAGUUCCUGUCGUCUGGGCAGAAACCCGAAAUCGUGGGUGAAGAAGGGAUGCUGCUGUGUCUGUUCUUGGCUCAGUUCUCUAGUUCACGCGCUUAUGCAGCUGUACAUCUGUUUUUGUGCAUAUUAUACCCAACAGCGAAUUUCAUCUGCUUCCUUAUGCCCUCCUUCAGUGCCCUGUUCGAUAGAGCCUGCCCCGGUCACGGCGGUAGCGCCGCGACACCGGGGAAGAAAUGAACAACAACCUGAAGAAGCUCCGAAGUUUGUGACUCGCGCAAGAACACACCAGGAAACGACUGGACGCAAUAGUCAUUAGAAUGUUUAGAGCGUACGCAGGAAAAGGAAGGGGAUCUUUUAAAGGCUAGAUCGCCCAGCAACAGCGAGACAGAGGCCUAAAAGGUGAUACCCAUCAUUUUUCUCGUAUUCUCUUGGGAUCGCGAUGAAACCAGCGCACUCGUCACCGUCCUUCACCUCUCAAAACCGGCCAAGUCACAAGGGAGCACGACCACCGCUCCCAAUGAUGGCCCAUGCGUCAGGCUUUACAACAACAGAAGGAAAAAGGUGAUAUGGUUGUCGUUCGACACAUGGGGGCAGACAUAUCAGGAAAGCUUUUCACUCUCUCGAGCUCCCGCAGAUAGUAAACCCG